AUGACUUCGUAUUUGAUCACAGGUGCAUCUCGUGGUCUUGGCCUGGCAUUGGUGUCCCGAUUGGCUACCUUGCCAGCAACGGAGGUGGGAAAGAUAAUUGCCACUGCACGCUCCGAUAAUUCACCCAAGUUAAAGGAACUCGUGAAUGCGUCAUCAGGCCGAGUUGAAGUGGUCCGAUUAGAUGUCACUGACCAGAAAAGUGCGCUGGAAGCUGCCAGUGAGGUGGAAGGCAAGUUGCGAGGCAAAGGGCUUGACUAUAUCAUCAACAAUGCUGGUCUGAUGGAUUACUCCCCGACUGGGGUGGAGGGAAUGGACAACCUCAAUGAAAUCUUCCAUACGAAUGUGACUUCAGUGCAUACGGUGACACAGGCAUUCUUGCCGCUUUUACGCAAAGGGGACAAGAAGACAGUAGUUAACAUAUCGAGUACCGUUGGAACCUUUGCCAAAGCGGAAGAUUUUCGCGUCUCACCGACUCCUGCCUAUAAGGUGUCUAAAGCUGCACUGAACAUGUUGACUGUUCAGUAUGCCCAGCAGUAUGAAACAGAGGGUUUUACUGUCCUGGCUGUCAGUCCCGGUUGGUUACGCACCGACCUCGGCUCGUCUCGGGCGGAUCUGCCCGUUGAAGUGGGAGCUGAGCAAGUCGUGGACAUCGUGCAAAAGAGUGGACCAUCUCAAAAUGGAAAGCUAAUUAACAUACAUGUCCCGGGCUGGGAACAUGCGCCGGGACCCAACCAGUAUCCCGGUGGAGAGACCGCUUGGUAA